AUGAAAAGCACGAUAAAUGCGUACAUUGAAGAGGAGGUCCAGCGAAGGUUGCGCAAGAUGAAUCUUCUUAACGGCAGCAGCAGCAUGGAUCUGUCUCUGUCCUGCGAGUCUCUCCGGGAGGAGGAAGAAGCUAGUGACUGUAGCUCUGUUAGAUUAACAGAUGAGGAUGAUGAAAAGCUGCAAAACAUUAAUCCAAGGAGGCUCAAAUAUGAGAAAGCCUGCGGGUUGUGGUCUGGCUUCCUGCCUGCCCUGGAGCUCGAGGCAAACUCCCCUCUUCACAUCCAUGAAAAUGUGUUCGAAGAACCAAAUAAGAGCCUCUUGAAGCUUCACAGAGAAGGAAAACUGGAGUCCGCAUCUGAAGCCUUGAUUGAAAAAGAGGAAGGGUCUCACGCAGGUGGCAACAAAAACAAAUGGUGGCAGGGAGGAGUGAAUAUCCCUCUAGGAGAAUUAGACCGAGAUGUUUGUGAACUUGAUCGUCUGGACAUUGGACGACACAAGUUUUGUGUCGCAGUUACUAACAAAUUUGAUGAAAACGAGAAUAUAACCUGUAAGAAAAGAAAAGAUUCUGACUUCUGUGUCCCUGGUGAUAAUGAUGAAAAGACCGAAGAUAGAACAAAGGAGCUGCUGGAAAAUGGACACUCUGAAGAAGUCCAGAACCAAACAUAUGACUCAGGGGUCGUAGAAGAUUCAGAUCUUCCCAAUGAUCAAUCGUCAGAGUUGCAAAAUUCUGUCAAUAGUUACAUCAAUUCCAAGCAGGAGUCGAAGAACUCUCUUUAUGCCCAAAUAAAACAAGAGACAGGCACAGUAGCUGGGAAAGUGGCAGCCAAUGGUAGCUAUGUUUUGUGGUAUUUUGCUGGAAAGCUGUCUGAGGUUUACAAAGACGCCGGUAGAAGGCUUCAAGACACACGUGACAUUAUGCAAAAAGUCCGAACAGGUGAAAUGAAAGUUGCUGUCUCUCAGUAUGUGACCAUGAUGUCCAAAGAGCUGCCACUGAUCCAUCGAAUGCAGCUUAAAUCUGAGCCAGAGCCUUGCAUCCUCGCAGAAAACAAACCCAGUUUGGCAGAGCGUCCACGGAUGAAUUCAGCUGAGCUUAAACCGGAGCAAGAACCUUGCAUCCUUGAAGAAAACAAAGAUAGUUUGAUGGAGGUGCGACCGAUUCAUCCAAUGCAGCUUAAACCGAAGCCAGAGCCUUGCAUCUUUGCAGAAAACAAAGCCAUUUUACAAGAGCAGCCACUGAUAACUUCAGUAGAGCCUAAACCAGAACCAGAACCUUGCAUUCUUGCAGAAGGCAAAGCCAGUCUGGCAGAGCAACCACUGAUUACUUCAGCUGAACUUAAACCAGAGCCAGAACCUUGUACCCUUGUGAAAAACAAACAAGUCAGUUUGGCUGAUCAAUCAAGGGAUGGCACCCUAAGUCUUCUUCAGAAAAGCGGCAUUUCCACGAUCCCAGGCGUCUCGGGAUGGCCCGAAGGCUCUGUGGCGUCUGUCAAAAAUACAUGUCCUGAAAUGUUUUAUCAGAAGCUGGUCCAGCUGCCUCUAGCCUUGUCCCAGCUGCAGUCACUUUCAUCCCGGAAGAUGCUAGAAAAGUUGGAAUCUCUGGUUCCUCGAAUGAGAAUCAACAAACUUCAGAGUAUCUUCUGGCUCAAGACUGCCAACAGAAAGCAGCCGACCCCGACGCCUGGCUGUUUGCUUUUGUCGAAAAAGGACAUCACGGUGUUGUCAAGUAAAACGAAAUUGGGAGACACUUUAGCUGUAUGUCACCAUUUUAAUCUCCUGGAAAUCAAGAAAGUCCAGAUUAGUUUGGCAGGGCAGCAUGUCCGCCUGAUUGAUUGUAUCGAAGACACCAUUCUGGUCAUCUUUACCCACAGCAAAGAGCUUACCCAGGAGUUCUGCAAGACUCUGCUGAAGGUGGUUUCUCCUGAAAGGUUCUCUGAAGGGACUGAAGAUCACCCAUUACUGUCUGAUGACCUCAUGGUCCUGUCCUUGGAUUGGACUUCGACGGUUCCCGACAUCGUCCUGGACAACGGUCUUCACAUCACCUCCAGAUUCAAACGAGUCCUCGCAGACCUGCUCUACAUCAUCCACGGAAACAUGGAUGGUCCUGGCAAACCUUCUUUGGCGAAUAUUUGUCCUCUGCUCUACACCAGCGUCAAGGUCCAGAACUCUACCAGCAUGCAUCAGGACGCCAUUUUUCAGUUCCUCCUGACCGACACUCAUGUGGCUCUUCUCCGGGAGGACGGCAUCUUUCACCCGGUACCUCGGGGCUCCAGUCUGGUCCCUGCCCAGCCCCAGUUUCAAGGCCUUGAAGUCCGCAGGCGUUCAGACAUCAGAUGCCUGCUCGUGAGGCAGAGUGACAGCUGUCUGGUGGUCGAUAUGACGUUUACAACUCAGAAACCCCAAACUCGAAAGAAGCUGGAGUUCAGACGAGGUUCGGCUGAUGUGGCCUCCGUCUCUCGCUCCAGCAGUCAGUCCUGGAAGUUGUCUUUUGGCUGCACCUCAGAAGCUGCCAUCUUAAUUAAUCAUCUUUGUACCUGAGUUACACACCUGAGGAGCCGUGUCCACCAAAGCGUUUUUUUCUGAUACGGGAGCACCGUGUAUUUACGCUGCACUACAAACUACUCUGUACUGAGCACUGCACGUUGUGGGUUUUUUUCCCCUCAGUGCAGGGUGUUGAAAUAUCUACAGCUUUGGAGAAAAGGCUGCGCUCGUCACUGUCGCUUGAGCUGUCAAUCAUGGUGGAGGAGGGACAAAUACCACGUGAGAAACAUGAAUUAAUGGAGGAGAAAUCUGUCAACUGUUUAAAUGUGAGCAAAUUGGCUUGAUCUAUUUUUUAAAAGCAUGGGGAGAAGACAAGGAGCAACAUAACAUGGACAAAAAAUUAGCAAGGAAUUCGUAAAAAGUUACAAGAUAAUUACCUGAAAAUGU